UGAUGACGAGCCCACCAGUUCAUUCUUUCCACUCUGCCAGUCCAUUCGGAAGCAUACAGCCAAACGAUUUCGCCCUGCUCUCUCUUUGAGACUUCUGUUCUCUUUGGAUAUUAAACAUUAUUUUGAUCAUGCUGGCGUGUUCUUGUGACUGCAAUUAAACUGUAACCGUGGACUUGGAGGAAGUGAGCAAGAACUUGAACGGUAUCCAAUGCAAUGCUCAAAGCAAAAUGGCGUUUAGUCACGUGGUUAUUUCUGAUCGUCUUCUGUGUUCUACAUCCAUGCGAUACAUUUUUUGGAGUUUCCAUCAAAAGAGAAGAUGACUCUAGUACGUGCUAUCAUGAAGGCAGACGUCAUCAAUGCACUUUCUUCCUCUUUUGCCCCCUUAUUGGAGGUACAGCGGUCAACUCUUGUCCUGGGAGUUUGUUAUCGUCAUGUUGUGUUACACAACAAGCUAGCAAUGUUCGACGAUCACCCGCUAAUGGCCAAACAAGUAAUUCUUACGUGCAGUCAGACGUCCUCAAUCACAGAGUCCUCAGCAAAGACAAAACUAUCUGUGGACAAAGAGUGCAUAAACCCACUAGUCGAAUAGUUGGUGGAGAUGCUGCGGAGUUUGGAGAAUUUCCUUGGCAGGCUCACAUCAAAAUAACGCAGCAGCAAUGUGGAGGAGUGUUACUGAAUCAUUACUAUGUUGUUACUGCAGCCCACUGUGUUUAUAGAGCUUUAUUACAAGAUGUGUUUGUUGUAUUGGGGGCUUAUGACAUUCAUGACCACCGUUAUCAACUGCUACCGGUUCAAAAGUUUCGAGUUGUUGAGAAAUUACUGCAUCCAAACUUCCGUUUCUCCCCAUCCCAUCCUGAUCGGUAUGAUGUCGCCCUCAUUCGUCUAGACCGGGCAGCUAGAUAUCAAGAAAAUGUCCUUCCAAUUUGCUUGCCUCCGUAUGGCUGGAACUUCCAAGGCUGGAGAGCAAUAAUCACUGGCUGGGGGAAAACAGAUCCAGCUUUGAGUAACCGCUACGGAACUCGCCUCCUUCAAAAAGUUGAAGUUCCUAUUAUUUCUAACAAAGAAUGUGAAAUGUGGCAUCAUUGGAAAGGAAUCAACGUUCGAAUUUUUCCCGAAAUGAUGUGUGCAGGCUAUGAAAAUGGAAGAAAGGACGCUUGCGUGGGCGAUUCUGGAGGUCCAUUAAUCGUCUAUUUGGAUGGUAGAUGGACCUUAGUUGGCAUCAUCUCAGCUGGAUUUGGUUGUGCUCAAUGGAGACAACCUGGAAUAUACCACAGCGUCUCAUCCACUGUUGACUGGAUUAGUAGCCAUAUUAAUUAACACUUGGUUUUUGUUUAUUCGAAAUGAAAACGAAAUAUUUAUAACUAUUUUCGUACUCAAAACUAAGUCGAAGUUUUGUUUAUUUUGUUUUCUCGGUCAAAAUAGAAGGAUAUUAUAAGAUCCAUUACGGACAUUGAAUGGUUUUUUUCAUUCCACGAUACUGUAAAUAUAGUAGCUUUUGAAAUUUAAAUGCAAAAAACAUAAAUAAUUACAAGAGAAAUUUAAAACUCAAUCGAAAUAUCUUCUAUUUAUAAUGUUGAAAGUGAAUAACAGCAUUAUCAAAUAUUUAAUGGAAAUUUGGAACAUAGAGCAUCAAUGUCAUGAAAAUUAUAGCCAUGUAUGAGUCGAAUUCACAAAGUCUUCUUCCACAAAGUAUCAUCACCUGAGACACAACCAUUGGAUUUUAAGAUUAUUUCCCUUACUGGCAAAAACUAUAUUUUAGCAUAGUUUUGGAAGAAUUUUGUUUAUUUAUUUCUGAAGGAUGAAAUUUAAUCCAUAUUUAUCUAAAUAUUUAAUAACUAUAUUUAUAAUUCCCAUCGCAUAUAAUGUGUACAUAACAACGUAUAAUCAACUGAUGUUUUAUGUGCUGAAUGCAUUUCACUUUAAUUUUAUUUCAUCUUAUGUAA